UCUCAAAUCCUCAAAAGGAGCUUCCUUUUCUCUCUCUCUCUCUCUCUCUAAUAUUCUUCUUAGUUGCUUUUGUUUUCGCUUUUGUUUUUUUAAGCCUCCCUUUUUCUUCUUCUUUUUUUUUUCUUUACUACCUCUUCUGGGUAGUGAGGUUUUCUGGAGCUCUCUUGCCUUGCGUGGGGUUUUUUAGUUUGUGUGGUUUGUUGAAGACUGAAGAUUGUUUUUUGAGGAUUAAUGGCGGGUCUUAUUCUGUUUUUGCUUCUGGCAGUCUCUGUUGUUGCAGCUGAUGAAGAUGCCUUCAUUGGUGUAAAUAUUGGUAAUGACGUUUCUGACAUGCCAACCCCGACCCAAGUGGUGGCCCUUCUCAAAGCUCAGAAUAUUAAACAUGUAAGACUUUUCGAUGCAGAUCGAGCUAUGCUUCUUGCACUUGCAAACACAGGCAUACAGGUGAUUGUAUCUAUUCCAAAUGAGCAGCUUCUUGGGAUUGGUCAGUCCAAUGCCACUGCUGCCAAUUGGGUUUCUCGCAAUGUGAUUGCACAUGUCCCUGCCACCAACAUCACAGCCAUAGCUGUUGGAUCUGAAGUCUUGUCGGCCCUCCCGAAUGCUGGCCCCAUCCUAGUUUCUGCGUUAAAAUUCAUCCACUCUGCCCUUGUUGCCUCUAAUCUUGAUAGCCUAAUAAAAGUAUCCACCCCACAUGCUUCUUCCAUUAUUCUUGACUCCUUUCCACCUUCCCAAGCCUUCUUUAAUCGCACAUGGGACCCUGUCAUGGUUCCCCUGCUUAAGUUUUUGCAAUCUACUGGGUCAUACCUUAUGCUCAAUGUCUACCCAUAUUACGAUUACAUGCAAUCAAAUGGUGUGAUCCCCUUGGACUAUGCACUAUUCCGCCCCCUUCCUCCAAACAAAGAAGCCGUGGAUGCUAAUACACUCCUGCAUUACACCAAUGUCUUCGAUGCUGUUGUUGAUGCUGCUUAUUUUGCAAUGUCCUAUUUGAACGUUACGAAUGUACCUGUUGUAGUGACUGAAUCAGGCUGGCCCUCCAAGGGUGACUCAUCAGAGCCUGAUGCUACGGUCGAAAAUGCUAAUACUUACAAUAGUAACUUGAUUAGACAUGUGCUUAACAACACAGGGACACCAAAACAUCCUGGAAUGGCUGUUAGUACCUUUAUGUACGAGCUUUACAAUGAGGAUUUGAGACCUGGUUCUACAUCUGAAAAGAACUGGGGACUAUUUGAUGCGGAUGGAAUACCAGUUUAUAUCUUGCAUUUGACGGGUGCUGGGACUGUUCUGGCAAAUGACACUACAAAUCAGACUUUUUGUGUUGCUAAGGAAGGUUCUGACCGCAAGAUGCUACAGGCAGCGUUGGAUUGGGCAUGUGGACCGGGCAAAGUUGAUUGCUCACCUUUGUUGCAGGGGCAAUCAUGUUAUCAACCAGACAAUGUGAUUGCGCAUGCAACCUACGCUUUCAAUGCUUACUUUCAGCAUAUGGCAAAGUCUCCUGGAACAUGUGAUUUUAAAGGAGUGGCAACCAUCACUACAACAGAUCCAAGCCAUGGUUCUUGUAUAUUUCCAGGAAGUGCUGGAAGAAAUGGAACCUUUGUAAAUGGCACAUCACUUGCUCCAUCAUCAAAUUCUACGGCUUCUGGUUGCCACUCGCAGUAUUUUGACCAUGGCAGUUCUUUCGCCAGCUCUGUGAUCAUAGGCAUCUUAUUUUUUACUGUAUUUUUCUUGUAGAAACUACAUUUAUUUGUAAUUGUGCGACUCUUUUGACAGCAGUAGGAAUCUUUAGAAACAAUCUGUUUCGCAACUGUUGGUGGAACCAUUAGAAACCCAAUUUUGUGUCCCUAUUGGGGUUUGGGGGGGUUCAGGGUUGCCUGCUUGAGAUGAACUAUAUUUAUUAGUCAUUCAGGAAGAAGUUGUAAGGUAUUUGUCCAUUGGAGUGUGUACAAAAAGACCAAGGCGAUUAUUUCAGUUUAAUUCUGUAACUAGCUUUGUAGGAAAAAUUUGAGUUGUAUUCUUUGAACUGAACUGAAAUGAAAUGUACCACUUUCUUCUUGAAAUGAAACUACAUUAUAUU